AUUUUCUUUCCAUAGAUUUCAAUUUCAUUCAUCAACCUCAAAUUUUUUGUUUCUUUAUUCACCCACCAUUUUCUUUCUCACCCUCUCUCCCUCUGUAAUUCUCUUCACUAUUACUCUCACACACACUUGUGUUCUUUCUGUGUCUCUUAUGUAAAUAUCAUUUUCCACCCUUUUCAAAAAUAUCUCUCUUUCUCUCUCUUUGCUUAAACCUCAAUUCUCUUAUUCUCAUUCUUCACUCUCCAUUUCCAUUCAACCUUCACUCUUCAAUCUUCAAUCUUCAAACUUCAAACUUCAAACCCCACUUGUUAAAAUUCCCAAAUUUUCAAUCUUUUCUCCUCAUGUAUACUUUUCAAGCUAGUUUAGUUUGAACUUGGUGGUGGGGUUUUCGGUUUUCUCAAUUUGUCGAAAUAAAAACUGUUUUUUUAAUCCUUUUUUUGUUUUUUCUUUGGGGGUUGCAGAUUCAAGAAGGGGUGUGAGAUUCAAUUUGUUUAUACAUGGUGGUGUCUUAAAGAUAUAUAUCCAGCCAAUAUUGAAUUCAGAGGAAGUUAGUGAUUACUCGAAAUUCUCAAAAGAUAUGCAGUCAACCUUCUUUCUGCUGAAAUGAAGAACUUGCAGAGUACAGAAGAAUUACAGUCAUCAGCUCAAGCUUCUCAUGAGCCCAAGAUUGAACCACCUAACAAUCACACAACUGAUGCUCCUGUUGCAGACUCAGGCUCAGCAUCUGCUUCAAGCAAUGAUAGCAAAAAGGUUUCACGACAGGAUAUUGAGCUUGUCCAGAAUUUAAUAGAACGGUGCUUGCAAUUAUAUAUGAAUAAAGAUGAAGUGGUUAAAACACUACUGACUCGGGCAAAGAUAGAUCCCGGAUUUACAACUCUUGUGUGGCAGAAGUUGGAAGAAGAGAAUGCUGAUUUCUUCAGGGCCUACUAUGUUAGACUAAAAUUGAAAAAGCAGAUACUUUUAUUCAAUCAUUUACUUGAGCAUCAAUAUCAUCUAAUGAAGUGUCCCAUGCCUCCAAAGGUUCCAUUGGCUCCGAUACAAAAUGGAAUCCAUCCUAUGCCUGUCAACAAUCUACCUAUGGGAUAUCCAGUGCUACAACAGCAUCCUAUGCCAGCAGCAGGUCAACCUCAUAUAGACUCCAUGGGUAUAUCAAGUUGUCACGUCGUUAACGGAGUCCCUGCACCGAGCAAUUUUCACCCUAUUCGAAUGAACUCUGGGAACGAUAUGGUGAUGGACCACAGUGUGCCUGAUAUGGCUCCUAUGAUUCAACAAAACGGCACAAUGUCGUCCGUCUCAGAAAUGCCAGUGAGUCCGACAUCAGUAGCAUCGAGUGGUCAUUUCCCCUUCACCGCAUCCGAGAUAUCAGGAAUGGGCACAGAUGCAUCAGCUCUUGAUUCAGCAUUUACAUCCGACGUGGCAAGUUCAGUAGGACUACAGCUGGCACAAGAUGGCGGAAACGGAAUUUCUCGAUCUCUGGAUCAAAUUCAAUGGAAUUUUAGCCUAUCAGAUUUAACCGCAGAUUUACCAAACUUGGGAGGUAAUUUCAUAUCAAGAUCUUCUUUUAGAUAUAUAGUUAAAUUCAUCAGAUAUUUACAACCAACCGUGUUUGCAGAUCUAGGAGCUUUGGGAAACUAUCCGGGAUCGCCGUUUUUGCCAUCUGAUUCAGACAUGUUGCUUGAAUCUCCAGAUCAACAGGAUAUAGUGGAUGACUUCUUUGUUAAUUCUGAGCCUCCAUGCUCUCAAUCAGAUGAGGAGAAAUCUUAAUCUCAAGGCAAGAGAAGUUGUUUGUUCUACAUUAAUUGAUAGAUUAGGGAGACAAAUUAGGAUUAAUAAAUGUCAUCUAGGUUCCUUGGCAUACAAGUGUAGACAGAGCCUUAUCUUAAUUACCUAAGUGUAAUGUUUUGCAUUCUUAUGAGGGAGAGAAAGGCGGGGACAUUGUAAUUCAUUUCAUAGUUGUUUGGAUGAUUGUGACUCUGGUAAAUUUCAUGAUAAAUGUUUAAGGAUAAUGUUUCUACACACUUCAA